AUGGUCUGUCUCGUUCUGUUCGGAUGCCUGACAUGCCGGCGGAGGCAUAGAAAAUGUGAUGAAGAAAAGCCGGCCUGCAAAGUUUGUCGAAAGACUGGUCGGGAAUGCGAGUAUGGCUCCGACUUGAAAUGGGCCGCAGUUGGCCACGCCUCGUCCUUUGCAACAAGGCACAAUAAGAGAGUGAGGGAGAACCCGGCCCGGCGACGUCUCGACGACGGUUCUCAGCGAUCAAGGACUCUUUCAGACGCCUCAAGCCAGUUGCGUCUAAGUGACAACGAACCCUCUACUGUGCUUCCAAACUCAACGACCAAUCAGAACAACAACCCUGGACUGGAUAUGUUGAUCUCGUCAUCUAUGGACCUCACACCUUGGGAAGACCCUGUCCCCGAUCUGGCUUGGAGUUCCUUGAUUGGUGUGUCUCUUGGAGCUGAUACUCUUCCUGAACCUCUUGAGCCAUCUUUCCGUGUCAACACGACGGAUAAUAAUCAAGAAAUCGAACCUGAAGUGCCAGUGACGAGUGAGGUUGACCCAAUUAUCUCGAGGCCAACCCCCCUGCCAACCAAAGACUCAUUGGGCCCUUUACUAUCCGCAACUCUAUCAUCCCCGAGUGAGGAGAUAGCCUAUACUUACUACCUCAACCAUACCUCAUCACGAAUACCCGCUUACGAUGGACCCCACAACCCCUACCGGAAACUCUGUCUCGUCUCCGUGUCUUAUCCACUGCUUUUGCACACCAUCCUAUAUGUCUCUACCGUGAGCAUGUUCAACUAUGGGCGCACUGAUAGCUCUCUGAUUGCCAAGCACCAAUCUCAAGCAUCAAGCUUGUUGCAAAAUGCCACUGCGUUUCUCAGAGCAGAGAAUGGGAAGCCAGGCCAAGAAAUGUCUGGUCAGAGCCAUGCACUAUCUGUCCUUUCUCUUAGGGAGGUCACUCUCGCAGCAUACCUGAUGCACAUCGUGACCGAGGUCAUGUCUGGCAGCCAAACUGCAGAGACCUUUCUUCAGAACGCCUAUCAGCUCAUGAUUGAGUUGGGGUAUAUCGAGAGCAUGCCAGAGAGCUACUAUGCCCGACUUCUCGUUCACAGAUUCGCAAUUAUCGAUGUCGUCCUCGCUUUCUUACGACGACGAAAACCUAUUGCACCCAUGAGCUUUGUUCUUUAUCAGCAAUAUGAGGAAAUGGACCAAAAUGAGCCGUCUUUUCGUGAGCUGACUGGCUGUCCUCAACCAGUUCUUGCCUACCUGGCUAGGGUAUCCCAUCUAGCCUAUGACGCAGCGGCCUAUCAAGGGGAUGCCUCAUCGUAUCUGGCAGAGGCCUAUCAACUCGAAACCGAAGUGCGCAUUUGGGGACAGAGAUAUCCUGUUCCAUUUGCUCAAGGAGCUGAUCAAGCAAGCACACAGAUAAGCCCAGCAGACGAUCGCAAGGAUCUCGACACGUUAAGUGAGUGCUUCUACUGGACGGCACAACUCUUGCUGGCGAGAAGAGUGUUUCUGGAUCCGACAUCAUCACCCCGAGUCCAAUUUCUGAGAAAACAUUUGUUCAAUCUCAUGGAUCGUCUCCCAGCGGGCUGUGGGCCAGACUCCUCACUCCCAUUCCCGUUUUAUAUGGCUGCUCGCGAGGCCAUGACUUCUGAGGAUCGUGACUGGGUGCGGACAAAACAUGUCGAGAUGAUUAAUGUGUACAGUGAUAGAUCUAGAGAGAUCAUGAUGGGAUUGACCGAGGAGAUAUGGAGUAAGGCAGACGAGGCUGUAAAUGGGGGUAUCUCGGGCGGGCAUGGAGGCUUGGUUGUGUUGGAGAACGACAUGUAUAUACAUGUGUUGGAUACGGUAGCUUCUCACUUUGUGUUUUAG